AUGAUUCAGUCCACGGACGUAUUCCGAGCAUUCCAGGAACACCGGGGCGAUGCUAUCGUGAUUCCCACCGGCACUUCCGGUCGCCACUGGCGGGAAGUCAGCACCAACGAGAACCGGGACCUCAAUCUGGGUGGAGCAAUGGGCCAGACCACCUCGGCGGCCCUGGGACUGGCCCUGGGACUGCCCGACGAAAAGGUGGUGCUGUUCGAUUCCGAAGGCGCGCUGCUGAUGAACCUGGGGAUACUGGCUACUAUCGCCGGCAAGCAGCCGCAAAACUUCUGUCACAUUUUGUUGGACAAUGAGUGCUACGCUACCACCGGAGGGCAGCCGGUCCCCAACGCGCAAGACAUUAACUAUGCCGGAGUGGCCAAAGAAGCCGGUUAUUCCUCUGCCUACAGCUUCGAGGAUCUGGAAGACUUCGUCACCAAUCUGGACCAAAUAAUGCAGGAUACCGGCCCGGUUUUCGUCGCCAUCAAAGUGGUGCCGGAGGUAGAGAACGAGCCAAUAGGUAUGCGGCAGCGUGUCCCUAGUCGCAGCCGUGCCGAGACCAUCCGGGGCUUGCAGGCGGAGUUGGGCAUUAGCGCCGGUUAG